UAGGACUCCGCACUCGCUCUCCUUAAUCCCUGGGACCCCAGAGGAGGUGGGGAGGUUGCGGGAGAGUAGCGGGGCGGGGGACGACAUCCAGACGUACCCUGGAUACAGAAACUGGAAGCCAUUUGUGAUCUUUCCAAGGCAAACUUUUCUCUUGGGGGAGAAAAAAGAGCGGAAUCACUUGCAGGGAUCAGUCCUGCGGCCCUAGAAAUGGUCCUGUGAAGGAAAAGGCAUCUGGAGACCUACCAGAGUCCUUGGAGCCAUUUGGAGUUGCUCUGCAGGAGAGAAAAAGGAUGGAGACACAACCUUUGGGAAAGGAGGGAGCCGGAAAAGGCCUUUCAGCUGCUCAGCCUGGGAAGGGAGAGAAGCUCUGGACAAGAACCAGGCAGAAGAUCCUGGAGGAGGAAACCAUCCUCCCUUCAGAAGUUCAGCCCUGGACCUUCAUCCAAUACCGGGAGGCUGAGGGUCCCCGAGGACUUUGCAGCCGACUCCAUGACUUUUGCAGGCGAUGGCUGAGACCAGAAAAGCACACCAAAGCCCAGAUGCUGGACCUGGUGGUUCUGGAGCAGCUCCUGGCUCUUCUGCCCUCAGAGAUGGAGGGCUGGGUGCGGGAGUGUGGAGCAGAGACCAGCUCUCAGGUGGUGGCCCUGGCAGAAGGCUUCCUCCUGAGCCAGGCGGAGGAGCAGAAGGAGCAGGUCCAGUUACAGUGCUGCACUGUGGAGAUCAGGGAUCCUGAGGGAAAGAAGAACCCAUCAAAUCCUCCCCAGGAGCUAUUUUUCAGGAGGAUCCCUUGGGAAGAUCCAAGUCAGGACACCUCAGGAGAGAAACAAAGAAUGAAGCUUUCUGGUUUUUAUGAUGGAGAUCAAACAGCGAUUGACCCUCCAAAUCAAGAGAGUCCUGUGUCCUUCGAGGAGGUGGCUGUGUCUUUCUCUGAGGAGGAAUGGUCUCUUCUGGAUCCUGACCAGAAAGCGCUGCAUUCGGAAGUCAUGCUGGAAAACCAUAGGAACGUGGUCUCUCUGGGUAAUAAUGGGCAGGAGAAUCAAGAUUUCUAUGAACUGCUCCAAGUGAUCUAUGCUAAAGAUGGAACAGAGAAGUUUGGAAUUCGAAUGGAAUUAGGAAGCCAUGAGAGAAACCAGUCAACCGAUGCUCCGAUGGAAGACUUUCUUGCUGAACAAGAGAAAGUAAGGGAAAAAUAUGUUGAGAAAAGUGUGAAGCUAAUCAAAGCUAACAUACAAGUAAAUGAACACUAUUUAACCCAAAACAAAGGAGAAGAUACUAUAAGAAGACACAACGGACAAAAUUACAAUGGGACAUUCAUUCUUUCUCUUGGAAAUAACUUCCUUACAUCUGAAAACACGAUUGACACAAAAGAGAAACUUUAUAAAUGUUUGGAAUGUGGAAAAUGUUUUAGAAUAAGCGGGAAACUUACUAUCCAUAAAAGGAUUCACACAGGGGAGAAGCCGUAUAAAUGCAUGGAGUGUGGAAAGACCUUUGCUCAAAGAGGAAAUCUUAUUUCCCAUAAGAUGAUCCACACAGGGGAGAAGCCGUAUAAAUGCAUGGAGUGUGGAAAAACCUUUGCUCAAAGAGGUCAUCUUAUUUCCCAUAAGAUGAUCCACACAGGAGAAAAGCCAUAUAAAUGCAUUGAGUGUGGAAAGACCUUUGCUCGAAGAGAUAGUCUUAUUUCCCAUAAGAUGACCCACACAGGGGAGAAACCAUUUAAAUGCACGGAGUGUGGAAAGAGCUUUGCUCAUAGCAGUACACUUACUAACCAUAAAAGAAACCACACAGGAGAGAAGCCUUAUAAAUGCAUGGAGUGUGGAAAGACCUUUGCUCGAAGAGAUGUUCUUAUUUCCCAUAAGAUGACCCACACAGGAGAGAAGCCGUAUAAAUGCAUGGAGUGUGGAAUGACCUUUGCUCAUAGCAGUUUACUUACUAACCAUAAAAGAAACCACACACGAGAGAAGCCGUAUAAAUGCAUGGAGUGUGGAAAGAUGUUUACUCAGAGCAGUGGACUUAGAAGACACAAAAAUAUCCACUCAGGAGAGAAGCUGUAUAAAUGCAUGGAGUGUGGAAAAACCUUUUCUCAUAGCAGUACACUUACUAAACAUAAAAGAAACCACACAGGGGAGAAACCAUUUAAAUGCAUGGAGUGUGGAAAGACGUUUACUCAGAGCAGUGGACUUAAAAGACACAAAAAUAUCCACUCAGGAGAGAAGCCAUUUAAAUGCAUGGAAUGUGGAAAGACCUUUGCUCAAGGAGGAAAUCUUAUUUCCCAUAAGAGGAUCCACUCAGGAGAGAAGCCGUAUAAAUGCAUGGAAUGUGGAAAGAGCUUUGCUCAGAAUGGUCCUCUUACUUCUCAUAAAAGGAUCCACGCUCAGGAGAAACUAUAUAGCAAUAGCAAUUCUACUUAGAUUUAUAUACAAUUCCACAAUGCUUUACCACUUUAUCUCUGAGCAGUUUGCAAAGUCCCCAGCAAUCUGGGUCCUCAUUUUAGCAACUUCAGGAGGACGAAUUAACUACUAAAAGUAAUCUAUACGAGUUGAAGGUGUUUUCAAUAAAAUGCCAAUUUGAAAUUU